AGGAUUUCGAUAUAACCAUGUUUGAGAAUAAAGACGACCUGAUUGAUGAAUUUGAUGAGGAAAUAGUUGAAAAUAAAUUCAGCAGUUUAAGCAGUAACAAAGCAAGGGUGGAGGAGAUGGAGACUGAUCCUCUUUGCCUUUCAAUUCCUUGGAUAGAAUCAACUCCAGCUGUGGUCAGACCUUUUCAAACAGUUAUGGUCCAACCUCUUCAAACUGUUAUGGUCAGACCUCCUAAAACAUUUGUGGCCAGAUCUUCUCAAACAAGUGUGAUAAAACCUCAUAAAAAAAAUGCGGUCAAACCUCGUAAAAAAAAUGUGGUCAAACCUCAUAAAAAAAAUGUGCUCAAACCUCCUCAAUCAGGUGUGAUCAUGGAAAAGUGUUCCCACAAGAGCAACUGUCUUCUCUGUGACACAGAACUGAUUGCAGUAAAACAAGCCAAUAAAGAUUUAAUAGGAACAGUAAGUGGGCUACGAAUAAAACUAGAAAAUCAGAGGGAAGAGUACAACGCUAAAAUUAGGGCUCUAAAGAAAACCAUUUUUGAAAUUACUGAUUCCUCGUCUGUGGGUAAAGUAUUUUCUACGGCGAUAAAAGAUGAAUGCUCGGUGUCUAAAAACCCUCAGUCCCUGGAUGUCAAGUUAAGUAGUCUAAGGCAAACUAUGAACCAGGAUCUUAUCCUGGUUCUGGGUACCUGUGGAACCCCGGAUCUCAAUGUUUUAAGAGUAGCACAGUUCUCCGUUAUUCCAGAGUCAGGGAAUAUAAAAAAGGAAAUGAAAAGAUACAUUGAAUACUCUGGUUCCUUAAGUAUGUCCAAGAUGGCCGUUAGAUCGCGAAAAGUAAGAGCAAGAUCAUUGAUGGAAGUUUGCAAAUUUUUUGCAAAUCCAAAUUUUCGAUCUAAACGAUCUGAACGUUCUACUCCACCUGAAGCCAGUGAUCCCCAAUCCUCCUCUCUGGAGCCUAACCCUGAUCCUACUGAACACACUGAACCCAGAGAUCAACCAGGAGAUCUGGUUCAACCAGACAUUGAGGGGACUCCGAGCGAAACUGAUAAUCUCAAGAUUUUGUUGAAAGAACUGAUAAGACUAGAUCGCCUGCUGUUCCAAAACAGUUUUACUGAAGAGUACCCGAAUCUUAAUAAGCCUGCUUGUGAGAAAACCGGGAAUUAUACUUGCUCUGAGUGCGAUGUAAAAUUUGAUAAGAAUCACGAGCUAACCCAUCAUCUCAGGAAAACUCAUAACAUGAAAAUCAAAUAUUAA